UGGAGAGCUGUGAGUUGCGUGUCUGGGGAAGGAACGAGUGCGGGGAAGAACUCUCAUCCGAUGCGCGUCGGCGACGGCUGCUCCUCCACCAAGCCUCGAACUUCGCUUCCACACCGCACCUUGUGCCAUGGCAGUGCUAGCACCAGUGCCUGUCACACCUGCAAUUCCGAAGCUGUUUCCCAACUCACCAGAUUGAAGAGCUCUCCACCAAACUUAGACGACAUUACUGCUCGAUUCAGAUGUUGCGUGCAGCACGUUCCCUUUAGCCGGCCAGCAGAUUGCGCGUAAAAGAAACACCGAGGGUUUACUGCUGUCAGCCACAGCACACGACAGCCUCCAUAUUCCAGAAGCUCUCAUACUCCCAGAAGGACACUCUCUAGGAGGAGUUGGGCGCCCCGGAUCUUGCCAUGGCAUCUGCAGCAGUAGGAACGAAGCGGUCCUUCGCCGCCAUGAGCGAGGACAGCCACUCACCCACAAGUGCGCUGUCGACCUUGCAUGAUGUAAACCUGCCUGGGGGCCUCUAUGCGCGCCAAAGAGUCAAGCCCAACCUUGAAGACUCGCUAACAUCCAUGACUUCCAGCGCCCGCUCCACUCCACGACAAACACCGGUUCCAACUUCUCCGCCGAACGAAACACGUCGCUUGUUUGAGCCAGAUGCAUCCAUUGUCCUCAUUGGAAUGCGUGGUACGGGCAAGUCGACACUGGCAGUCAUAGCGUCUAUGGCGUGUCGACGCCGCGUGGUCGACAUUGACGAUCUUUUCCAAGAAGCGACAGGCUUCUCUGCUGCCAAAUAUCGAAAGCAAUUUGGCGCCUCGAAUCACAAUCUACGACAAGAAGAGCUCUUGCGAACUGCUCUCCGAAUACACGACAAGGGCGCAAUUGUUGUCUGCAAUGGUGGUUCGUUAGAAAGAAAUGGGCAGUUAUUUAUGCAGGAAUUUGCUGAGACACAUCCUAUCAUUCACAUCGUGCGGGACCUGCACAGCAUACACGAAUACCUUGGAGGAGUUGAGCUCCGCAGGUUAAGGGACAUGUUGGCAUUCAGUGCGCCUAUUCUUCGGCGUUGCUCGAAUUAUGAGUUCUGCAAUAUCUCUGAACAUGCGCCGGCUCGGUCCGGCACACCAUCAGACCAACCUAUUGCACCGGCAUUCCUUACCCUCAAACGUGCUCAACGUACUUUUCUGAAGUUUCUGUCCCUCAUCUUGACACGCGACACGGCAGACGGGCCUGUAGGCAACGCAAACCCUCCCUUGGAACCGGGGUAUCCGUUGUCAGAUGUGGCCACUGAGCUGAGAAAGUACACUUGCGCGGUUCAAGUACCGCUAUCAGAUCUGCUAGCGGAAGAUGUGGACAUUCAGAAGCUCGAGUACGGCUCUGAUGCCUUUGAGGUGGUGGUUGACCCAACAGAACUCGACCCCCAUAGCCAGCGACUCCGAACGAUACGAGCGGACGACAUCAGCAACUGUAUCUCGAAGAUACGUCGCAGUACUGUUGUGCCCAUUAUCUACCAUGUGCUACCUUCAGCAUCAAAAGACUACAGCCGACCAUCGUACCUUGAGCACGUUCGCCAUGGUUUACGAAUGGCGCCUGAAUUCAUAACCGUGGAUUUGUCGAUUGGUGCGGAAACGGUGGUCGAGCUGAUCGCUUCUCGAGGCAGGUCGAAGGUCAUCGGACAUUUACACGCAGAUAAGAGUUGGGACCAUCGCUCAUGGGGCAACUAUUAUGAGACUGCGGUCCGACUAGGUUGCGACGUCGUGCGAUUCACGCGCCCAGCCAGGUCUGUGGACGAUGACGCUUCUGUGCACCAUCUGAUGUCGAAAAUCUACGCCAGGAAUAGUACGGUCCCGCUGAUCCGCCACAACAUAGGACGAGCGGGACGUCGUUCAGCCUGUCUCAACAAGCACCUCACAUCCGUCAUACCAGAAUCAGUCCGCGACAAGGCUGACUUCGGAGCAAAGUGCGAACGCAAUCCAGAGACUUCUUGGCUCACUGCUCGAGAAGUCACACAAGCACUCUAUUCAACUUUCACCUUCGAUGUGAUGAAGAUUCAUCUUAUCGGUGCAAGAACCCAAUACAGCUUAUCGCCAGCUAUGCACAAUGCCGGCUACGCUGCUUGCGGCAUGCCCCAUGAGUUCAAAUGCGUUCAGACGUCGACUCUGAAGAGCCUGCAAGACUUUGUGCACGACCCAAACUUUGGUGGAUGCAUUGUUAUCCAACCUUUCAAGAUUGAAGUGAUCUCGCUGGCGGACUCACUAAGCCAGCACGCUCGAGCUAUUGGCGCUGUCAAUACACUGAUUCCUGUUCGACAUCUGAACGGCGACGGCAGUGUACCUGGUGACCUAGAGCUUUUUCAGGAGCGCUGUCAAUCAGGAGCUGUGCAAGCACUUCACGGAGACAACACUGAAUGGAUUGGCAUUAGAUCGUGUAUCCGUAGAGGGCUGUCUCCUGCGAACGCGGUGCGACCUACAACGUGCGCUUUAGUCGUGGGCGCAGGUGGCAUGGCUCGAAGCUCAGUGUACGCACUGCUACAGCUGGGCGUGAAGAACAUUGUCGUUUUCAACCGAACACUAGAGAAAGCAGAGGAUCUAGUAGCCCAUUUUACGCGGCUUGUCUCGUCCUCGGCUGGAGCCAGCCUAGUUCCAUCGGCCACGGUGCAGGGUUCCCGUCCAAUGUUCCACACGAUGAAGUCUCGAGACGACGCCUGGCCAGAAGGAUUUCGUCUACCGACGAUCAUACUCUCAUGCAUACCAGCCGAUCCAAUAGAUGACAACCCUGCACCACACUUCACACUGCCAGAAGAGUGGCUGAGAAGUUCAACAGGAGGGGUGGUGAUGGAGCUCGCAUACAGAACACUCAACACCCCUCUGAUGAACCAAAUACGAGAUGAGCCUUCGAGAUUAUGGACUUUCAUGGACGGACUCGACUGGCUCCCAGAGCAGGCGUUUGCGCAGUUUGAGCUGUUUACAGGAAAGCGAGCACCCCGGCGAAUUAUGCGAGAGGUGGUACUGCAGGCUUGGAGGGACGAGCACGGCAACGCUGACCCUGAGAUGGUGGAGAGAAGGAUGAAAGCAAUUGACGACCAGGAGCCAUGAGAUGAUACCACGAACCAAUACAAACAGAAUUUUCAACUGAUGUACAGAGAGUCCAAACCGGUGGUAGACAUUAUUCAUGCAUGGGUGUGUGGUGGUGUGGUGGUUGUCCAGGACUAGUGCGCAUCCCUGCGGGCGAUCGCUG